AUGGAUUUAGACACAGAAAGUUUAAAUCUAAUGUUACGAUUACUAGAGGUGGAUAGUGACAAGGAACGAGAGAAACAAUAUGAUCAAUCAACGAAGAAAGAAUUAGAAAAAAAUAAAUUUAAAGUCAAACAGUUGUGUGAACAGUUACGUAAAGCUGGAUUCGCGAAAACACUGGAUUUAGACUGUUUAACUACUGGUAAUUUAGCUAUGGAAUCAUUAUUGAGUUUAACUUCACGUCGUGCUGGAGAAUGGUUUAAAGAAGAACUACGAUCUCAGGGAGCUUUAGAUCAUAUUGUUGAUACUAUUGCAUCCUGUUCUAAAUGUGCUGAAUCAGUACUGCUGAUGGAUUCCAGUAAAACUUUACCCAUUAUGAAAAAAUUAGACAGGUGUCUUCGUGUCUUAGAAAACAUAACCUACAUGAAUACAGAUAAUCAGAGCUAUUUAAUAGAUUAUAAAAAUGCUUUAUUAAUUAGUUCGUUAUGUGGUGCUCUGAAGGGUUGUGUACAAUGUCUACCCAGCUACCCUGUAACCGAGGACCCAGAAGAAAAUAAAGAAGUAAAAGAAUCAAUUGGAUGGAUUACGUUUAAUUGUAUGUUGGCCGUGUUACGAGUUUUGUUAAACGUUACUCAUGAUAACGAUGUUGGUAGUGCUAAAGUAGGAGCCCAGGAAUGUGUUAUUAAUAUUGUACUAGAAUGUAUACUCAGUAUCACACAAUUUAUACCUCAAGAACAAAAAUUCGACUUAUUAGUACUGUUAUUCUGUGAAAGGGAGGAGGCAGCCAGACAGAUGGAGGAUAAAGAAGAAGAGGGAGAGGGAAGUACCCCUGCUCCCACAGAAACACAGAAAGACGAGGCCUCAGCCCAUAAUAAAUCUGGCGAGUGGGAGGAAACGGAGACCGGGGUUCAGUGGAUCUCAAAUGAGGAAUCAACCAAUGAAAAGGAAGAUCCUUCUCCGUUGGAUGAUGAUGAAACAUUUACAAAAGCAUUACAUAAGGCAGGAAAACACAUGGAGAACAGUAUAGUAGCCUCGUACAUCGCCUUAUUAUUAGGUUGUUUAAUACGCGAUAAUAAAGAUUACGUUGAUUCCGUUAAAUUCUAUCUACCAAAUCAGAGUUUCGAAGCCAUGAUUAAAACUCUGAAAAAAUUCCUUGGUUUUAUGAAUUUAACAAUUGCUAUAGGUAAUACAGGAGGGAAGUCUAUAGCGCGAGUGAUAGAGGUGUUGGAAUCCUGUUAAAUAUUGUAAAUAGACAGUAUGAAAGUUGAUAUUUACUGACAGUGCUAUUUGUCUUAGAGUGAGAACGAUGUACUAGCUAUCUGGCAGCGAUAUAACGACUAGAGAAUGACAAGAACUAGCUGGCCCUGGAUCUUGGAAUCUGGAAAUAGCUGGCAUCUGUGUUUACCUGGAAAUCGGCAAGGACACAGUAAUUUUGAAUCUAAAUAAAUGAUACAUUGCCAGAAAGAUUGACGAUAGCUAGAAAGGACCCUGAAUGUGGGACUUAGCUGUCAUUGAGGAAAUAAUAAUUUUGAAUUCGAAUGAUUUCAGGGCUAGCUAGACAGAGCUUUGAUCUAGCAUUUGAGCUAGCUUGUAACAGGCAGACAUGUUGAAAACAAUUAUUUUGGAUGUGGUAUGAAUUGAGACCACAGGUAACCAGAUAGUUUUGGACAAGGAACUAUUUUAUGGCUUUUGUGCUAACAUGUCAAACGUAAAUUCAAACAGGAACAUUGGAAACAAGACUGUGAAAUAUUGGUUCGAGUUGAAACUGAAUUCAGAAUUCAGACUUCGGGCUCAGAUAUAGCCUUGAAAUGAUGUUGAUGCUAGCUUAUUGACGGCAGCAGUUUAGACUGGGGAACUCUUCAAUAUCCAUAUUUUAUUUAUCUGUAUAGAGCUUGUGUUAGUCAGUUAGAAUCAAGUGAAAAUAUUACUAUAUGAUGGUAUUGUGGACUUGUGGUAGUAGGCGCACCUAAAGCAAGAACGGCAGAUAGCACCUAAAAUCAU